CGCGAGGCGCCCAAGGACCUGGCGGGCGUGCUGGACGAGAGCGCCAACACGCUGUUCCUCACCGAGCUCUGGCGCGGCCUGGCCCUCACCCUGAAGGUCUUCUUCGAGCGCCCCGUGACGAUCAACUAUCCAUUCGAGAAGGGCCCGCUGAGCCCGCGGUUCCGUGGCGAGCAUGUGCUGCGCCGCUACCCCACCGGCGAGGAGCGCUGCAUCGCCUGUAAGCUGUGCGAGGCGAUCUGCCCCGCCCAGGCCAUCACCAUUGAGACAGAAGAGCGCGAGGACGGCAGCAGGCGCACGACCCGCUACGACAUCGACAUGACCAAGUGCAUCUACUGCGGCUUCUGCCAGGAGGCGUGCCCCGUGGACGCAAUCGUGGAGGGGCCCAACUUUGAGUACAGCACCGGCACCCGCGAGGAGCUGCUGUACGACAAGCAGAAGCUGCUGGCCAAUGGCGACCGGUGGGAGGUGGAGGUGGAGAAGAACCUGCGCAGCGAGGCCAUGUACCGCUGA